AUGGACCCCGUGGGCGCCAGGAAACUGAAAAUCGCCCUGGGAGAACCCACACUAACUGCUUUGAGUGUCAGGGUCGCGGACAUCCGGCACGUGUCUGCCCCAGCAAAGGGGAACGUACCAAACGUCCGGGGAAAAUAUGCAAGAACCGCUUUCGGAAAUGCGGUGGAGUCUGGGUCAGCGUCGAUCCUGAAUGAAGAGACUCCGGACGCGACGACGGAUAGCAGCAGGAAGUCUGCAGAGGCAACAGAAGACGGCUAUAGGUCAGACGCGAGUGCGAUUGUGCCACACUGGUGGCGGGAGACUUGCAGGAAAGAGUCUUACGACCAAGGGGGAGCGUUGUGUUGUGUGGGUGCGACGGCGGUACUUCGCGUUGAGCUUGCAGGGAGUCCUUGGGAGGCCCUUUCGGACACUGGAGCUUCGAGGAGUUUCAUUAGUCCUAAAACAGUCGAACGACUGCAGAUGAAAGUGCGGAGACUUCCAGAAGAACAUAGGUUCACCGUAGCUACAGGUGCACAACUACGCAUUGAUCGGGUUGUGACAGGAUUGACGUUGUGGUGCGGACAUGUACGUUUUUCCGGGGACUUUUUAGUGGGAACCGUUCCCUAUGACGUAGUCUUGGGUUUGGAUUGGCUGGCGGAACACAAGGUGGUCUGGUAUUUUCAGUCUGACAAACUCCGAACCUAUGUGAAUGGCCAGUGGUGCGAGUUACCGGUCGUUCGGACUGGUGAAGCAACGCUGCAAAGUGAUAGUCCCACCGUCGUCCACCCAAGGACCCCAGCAGAGCAAGCACAUGAGAUAUUGGCCAAACAAGUGGCAGCGGAGAGUGACGAGGAGUCUCCCUGGCCUAUGGCAAAACUAGAGCAAAUUCUGUUCGACGAAUGGAUAACUUCGCCAGAGGCGCAGGAUGUUCCAUGUGAGGUCGCCCAGGUGUUGCACGCGUAUCGAGCGGCUUUUCCCGAUACCUUAUCUAAAGGAUUACCGCCGAAGCGCCCUCAUGAUCACCAUAUUCUCGUUGUGCCUGGAAAACUUCCAGCGGAAUCUGCAAUAUACCGUAUGACCCCGGAUCAGCUCACAUUCCACAAACAGGAGAUAGCUAAAUUAUCGGACAAUGGUUGGAUCGGACCGACCUAUUCGCCUAUUUGCUCUCCUACGAUCAUGGUGGACAAACAUGAUGAUGGCUCCGGGGAGCGGAAGAUGGGUAUGGUUGUCAAUUACCAGGCUAUAAAUGCCCUUACGAUAGCCCCUGAAUUUCCCUUAUCUCCCACCCAAACCAUUCUCGAGCUGCUGGGAGGCGCCAAGUAUUUUUCCACCUUGGAUCUUGAAGCAGGAUUCCAUCAAAUACGUAUGGCUAAGGAAGACCGGUGGAAGACGGCUUUCCG